AUGGAUGAUUGUUGUCGUCAUUUGCUAAAAGUUGCUGAUGUUCUUGCCUAUCUACCAUAUAAGAUCUAUUAUCGUGCAUUAGGUUACUUGUGUAAUUGUCUUUGUGCAGAAUUAGUGAAGUGUAUAGUGAAUUCAACUGAUAUUACACAGUCGGAUUGUGAUAAAAUACUGAUCUUAUUAGAUCAGAUUAGUGGCACUGUUAGAGCAUUUUUUGUUUCGAGUGACGAAAAAGUUCAUCUGACUGUGGAAGCCUCAAUGAAUAAGUCAUCACAACAGAACUCCAAUACAGCACGACUUCAUCGACGUUGUCCAGAAUAUCAACGCCUGCAGGGAGUUAUCAGUGUUCUAUCAGUCUCAUCAUUGGCUAUAAUUCGUGAUGCCCUAUGGAUGGAUGGAAAAGGACCAUUGUCUACAGAGUCCCGCAUUACAGCGUUUGAGUUAAGUUGUCUAAUUAAAGCAUUGCAUAGCAGUUCUUCAAUGCGUGAUGAAAUGUUAAAAAAGUUGCAUAUCGAUACAAUUUGGACUGGUAGCUUCAAUAACAAACAGUCUUAA